CCUCUCCCCUAUUUGCCCCCACUACUGUCCUCCCCGCCCUCCUCCGCCCAUCUCGGCGCCCCCACCCAGGCCGGGGUGCAAGGUCCGGCGCGCCUCCCUGGAGCAGCACCAAGGUCCCGGGGCUCCAACGGGGUGGGGGCGCAGGGCGGGGAGCAUGGGGAGGGGGCGCCCCGUGUGAUGGGAGGGGGGCGCAAGCGGAGGCGGCGGAGGCGGCGGCGACAGCGGAGCCGGGCUGGGGGCUCAGCGGGGUCCGGGGGCUGGGGGCAGCGAGCAGGGCGGCCCCAUGGCCGGGCCCCCCUGAGGCAGUCCGGGGGAGUCCCCUCCCCUCCCCAGCUCGGGGGUCUCGGGGCCCCAUGAGCCGGGGCGCGGGCGCUCUUCAGCGCCGGACAACGACCUACCUCAUCUCGCUGACCCUGGUCAAGCUCGAGUCGGUGCCUCCGCCGCCGCCUUCUCCGUCUGCGGCCGCAGCCGGCGCCCCCGGGACCAGAGGUGCCGAGACCGGGGAUCCUGGCAGCCCCCGAGGCGCGGAGGAGCCGGGCAAGAAGCGGCACGAGCGUCUCUUCCACCGGCAGGAUGCGCUGUGGAUCAGCACGAGCAGCGCGGGCGCCGGGGGCGCCGAGCCCCCCGCCCUGUCCCCGGCUCCGGCCAGUCCGGCCCGCCCCGUCUCCCCCGCUCCCGGCCGCCGCCUCUCCCUUUGGGCCGCCCCUCCGGGGCCCCCGCUCUCCGGGGGGCUGAGCCCUGACCCCAAGCCCGGGGGCGCCCCCACCUCCCGGCGCCCCUUGCUCAGCAGCCCGAGCUGGGGGGGGCCGGAACCUGAAGGCCGGGCUGGCGGCGGCGUCCCAGGCUCGUCCUCCCCGCACCCGGGCACCGGCAGUCGGAGGCUCAAGGUGGCGCCUCCUCCGCCGGCUCCCAAGCCUUGCAAGACCGUGACCACGAGUGGCGCCAAAGCCGGCGGGGGCAAGGGCGCGGGUAGCCGCCUGUCAUGGCCCGAAAGCGAAGGCAAGCCCAGGGUCAAGGGGUCAAAGAGCAGCGCGGGGACUGGAGCUUCUGCCGCCGCCGCUACCACCAACGCCGCGGCCGCCGCCGCCGCCGGGGGAGGAGGAGCGGCAGCCACGACCUCUGGUGGGGUCGGGGCUGGGUCCGGAGCCCGAGGGAAGCUGUCCCCUCGGAAAGGCAAGAGUAAGACCUUGGACAACAGUGACUUGCACCCGGGACCGCCUGCUGGUUCUCCUCCUCCGCUAACCCUCCCAGCAACCCCGGCUCCAGCCGCUGCUGUCACCGCCGCCUCCGCGCAGCCCACUGGGCCUGCACCUCCAAUCACUCUAGAGCCUCCAGCUCCAGGGCUGAAACGGGGCCGGGAGGGGGGCCGAGCAUCCACUCGAGAUCGCAAGAUGCUCAAGUUUAUCAGCGGCAUCUUCACCAAGAGCACAGGGGGGCCUCCUGGCUCCGGGCCCCCUCCCGGACCCCCGGGCCUAUCUUCUGGCAGCGGGUCCAGGGAGCUGCUGGGCGCAGAGCUCCGCGCCUCCCCUAAAGCUGUGGUCAAUAGCCAGGAAUGGACUUUGAGCCGCUCCAUUCCUGAACUGCGCCUGGGCGUGCUGGGCGACGCCAGGAGUGGGAAGUCAUCGCUCAUCCACCGAUUCUUGACUGGCUCAUACCAGGUGCUGGAGAAGACAGAAAGUGAACAACACAAGAAAGAGAUGUUGGUGGAUGGACAGACUCAUCUGGUGUUGAUCCGAGAGGAAGCCGGGGCACCUGAUGCCAAGUUCUCAGGCUGGGCAGAUGCUGUCAUUUUGGUCUUCAGCCUGGAGGAUGAAAACAGCUUCCAGGCCGUGAGCCGUCUCCAUGGGCAGCUGAGCUCCCUUCGGGGGGAAGGACGAGGAGGCCUGGCACUGGCACUGGUGGGGACACAAGACAGGAUUAGUGCUUCCUCCCCUCGAGUGGUGGGCGAUGCCCGGGCCAGGGCUCUGUGCGCGGACAUGAAACGCUGCAGCUACUAUGAGACGUGCGCCACCUACGGGCUCAAUGUGGACCGGGUCUUCCAGGAGGUGGCCCAGAAGGUGGUGACCUUACGAAAACAGCAACAGCUUCUGGCUGCCUGUAAGUCCCUGCCCAGCUCCCCAAGCCACUCAGCUGCUUCCACUCCUGUAGCUGGACAGGCUAGCAAUGGGGGCCACACUAGCGACUACUCUUCCUCCCUCCCAUCCUCACCCAAUGUUGGUCACCGGGAGCUCCGAGCUGAGGCAGCUGCAGUGGCCGGAUUGAGCACUCCAGGGUCCCUGCACCGGGCAGCCAAGCGCAGGACCAGCCUUUUUGCGAAUCGUCGGGGCAGUGACUCUGAGAAGCGCAGUUUGGACAGUCGGGGAGAGACAACAGGGAGUGGGAGAGCCAUCCCCAUCAAACAGAGCUUCCUACUGAAGCGAAGUGGCAACUCCUUGAACAAAGAAUGGAAGAAGAAAUACGUGACCCUGUCCAGUAACGGCUUCCUACUCUACCACCCCAGCAUUAAUGAUUACAUCCACAGUACCCAUGGCAAGGAGAUGGACUUGCUACGAACGACAGUCAAAGUCCCUGGUAAAAGGCCCCCAAGAGCCAUCUCUGCUUUUGGCCCCUCAGCCAGCAUCAACGGGUUGGUCAAGGACAUGAGUUUCCACUUCUUCAUCUCCUCUUCAGCACCCCACAGAAACUGCUGUAGCAAAGUUCACCAGUGA